AUGAAGUCGCUUCGAGGUGCACCAGUUCAAGUAGUCAAGGUUAACGAAGAAAAUAAGGAACAUGGCCUAGAAUUGGAUGAAAAAGCGCUGAAGCGCAUACUUUGCAAACCUGAAGUGCUGCAUAAGAAGGCUGUCGUCGUGUCAGUCGCCGGGGCGUUUAGGAAGGGAAAAUCAUUUUUGCUUGACUUCUUCUUGCGUUAUAUGACAUCGGACGACCCCAAUAACUGGAUCGGAGAUCCGACCGCCCCGCUUGUUGGUUUCCACUGGCGUGGAGGAGCAGAUAGGGACACCUCUGGUAUUCUUAUGUGGAGUGAGCCAUUCAUUGUAAAAUUACCAACGGAUGAGGAAGUUGCCGUUCUUUUCAUGGAUACACAGGGCAAUCUGCAGGAGGACAAUUUGCAGCACCUUCAGUUUUUUACAGAAUAUGGACGCAUUGCUAUGGAGUCCGGAUCUCAUGAAACUCCUUUCCAGCAUCUGGAAUUCCUAAUCCGAGAUUGGAGUUACCCCUACGACUAUCCUUUCGGCAGCGAUGGUGGCAUGUCUCUUUUAAACAAACGCCUAGAGAUCACUCCUGGAAUGCAUCCAGAACACGUUUCCCUUCGAAACCAUAUCGUGUCGUGUUUUUCGCGUCUCCGUUGCUUUCUGAUGCCACACCCUGGCUUGCGGGUGUCCACCAAUCCGAACUUUGAUGGUCGUGUUGCAGAAAUUGAUGCGGAGUUCGUGGAGCAGCUAGGGCGCUUCGUGCCCCAACUCCUGUCGCCGGCCAACCUUGAUGUGAAGAUGAUUCAUGGCCAGGCAGUUACUUGUCGUGACCUCAUGGAGUAUUUCAAGGUGUACGUUAAAAUCUACCAAGGUGACACCCUUCCAGAACCCAUGUCAACUCUACAAGCUACGGCCGAGGCGAACAAUCUGACUACCCUUAUCCGCUGCAAGGAGCAGUACAUUCGGCAGAUGAACGAAGUAAGAAUUCGUUCGCUAUGCAUGGUAUAA